CCCCACCUCGGAGCAGAGUCCCAGGGGUCUCCUGCACCCGCUGGAGCAUUAUCCCACCACAGCAGCCCAUCAUCCCCUGCUGCCACCCCGUCCCUACCCUGGCACUGUGGGGUGACAUGCCCCGGGCAUGAGUGGUGCCUGCCCAGCUCCCUGACAGCACUCAAGGCAGCAUCACCCCCGUGCCACCCCACUCCCCCCUAUGCCCUUCACCCACGGGGCUGCCUGCCCCCCCAUCCCCCCAGCUGCACACCGUGCCAGGGCCACCAUGGGCGAGCCCGAGCCCUGUGCCCAGGCCCCUCUGGCUGUGCUGGCCAAGGUGGAGCUGCGGGUGAGCUGCAAACACCUCCUGGAUCGUGACACUCUCAACAAGUCGGACCCCUGCGUCCUGCUGCUGAUGCAGACCCAGGGCCAGUGGACAGAGGUGGACCGCAGCGAGGUCAUCAAGAGCAACCUCAACCCCGUCUUCGCCAAGAUCUUCACGGUUGAUUACUACUUCGAGGAGGUGCAGAAGCUGCGGUUCGAGGUGUACGACAGCCAUGGCCACGACCUGGGCACACACGACGAUGACUUCCUGGGGGGCAUGGAGUGCACCGUGGGGCAGAUCGUGGCACAGAAGCGGGUGACGAAGCCGCUGUUCCUCAAGUACGGGAAGUUCGCGGGCAAGUCCACCAUCACGGUCAUCUCAGAGGAGAUCUCGGGCAACAAUGGCUACGUGGAGCUCGCCUUCCGGGCCAAGAAGCUGGAUGACAAGGACCUCUUCAGCAAGUCAGAUCCCUUCCUGGAGAUCUACCGCCUGGAUGCUGAUGGUGGGGAGCAGCUGGUGUACCGCACCGAGGUGGUGAAGAACAACCUCAGCCCCAUCUGGGAGCCCUUCAAGGUCUCCCUCAACUCACUCUGCAGCUGCGAUGAGAAGAGGAAGCUGAGGUGCGUGGUGUGGGACUACGACUCGCGGGGCAAACACGACUUCAUCGGGGAGUUCUUCACCACCUUUGAGGAGAUGCAGAAGGCCAUGGGAGAGAACAAGGUGCAGUGGGACUGUGUGAACCCCAAGUACAAGAUCAAGAAGCGGAACUACAAGAACUCGGGGGUGGUGGUGCUGCUGGACCUGAAGAUCCACAGAGUUUACUCCUUCCUGGACUACAUCAUGGGCGGCUGCCAGAUCCACUUCACGGUGGCCAUCGACUUCACAGCCUCCAACGGGGACCCCCGGAACAGCUGCUCCCUGCACUACAUCAACCCCUACCAGCCCAACGAGUACCUCAAGGCACUGGUGGCUGUGGGGGAGAUCUGUCAGGAUUACGACAGUGAUAAGAAGUUCUCAGCUCUGGGCUUUGGUGCAAGGAUCCCCCCCAAGUAUGAGGUCUCCCAUGAUUUUGCCAUCAACUUCAACCCUGACAACGAUGAGUGUGAAGGAAUCCAGGGCGUUGUGGAGUCCUACCAGAGCUGCCUGCCCAAAAUCCAGCUCUAUGGCCCCACCAACGUGGCCCCCAUCAUCUCCAAGGUAGCUCGUGUGGCAGCCGACGAGGAGAGGACCAAGGAGGCUUCGCAAUACUUCAUCCUGCUGAUCCUGACGGACGGGGUGGUGACAGACAUGGCAGACACGCGGGAGGCCAUCGUCCGUGCCUCCUACCUGCCCAUGUCCAUCAUCAUCGUGGGGGUGGGCAACGCCGACUUCACCGACAUGCAGAUCCUGGAUGGAGAUGAUGGUGUCCUGCGUUCCCCCAAGGGAGAGCCCGUCCUGAGGGACAUCGUCCAGUUCGUCCCUUUCCGAGACUUCAAAAACGCAUCCCCGACAGCGCUGGCCAAGUGUGUUCUGGCAGAGGUGCCCAAGCAGGUGGUGGAGUACUACAGCUACAAAGCCUUCCCCCCCCGCUGCCCCCCACCCCGCACCCCCGACACCGACCUGGCCUCACCCCAAUGA